AAAGAUUUUUAUAUAUUUAUUUUCCUUUAUGGAGAAUACAAGAAGAGCACAUAGAAACGGAAACAGAAACUCAAAUCUAUAAGAUCUCAUAUCUUCUAUUUCUCUAUGGAUUAACAAAGAUUUUUCACCAUUUCUGUGAAAAAUGUUUAGGGUCAUUGACAAGAGCGAUCGGACUUUCACGGCGGAUCAAGAAUUUGCUUGCUUAUCGUCGACGUCUUCGACUUUUGAUUCGAUCGGGAAGAACAGUGAGGACGAUGAAGGUGGAGAGAAUGAGAUUGAGUCUGCUUACAAAGGUCCUCUUGAUAUGAUGGAGUCUCUUGAAGAAGCCUUGCCCAUCAAGAGAGGGAUAUCGAAGUUUUACAAAGGGAAGUCGAAGUCGUUCACGAGCUUAUCGGAAACAGCAUCUUUGCCGGUGAAGGAUUUGACGAAACUGGAGAAUCCUUAUAGUCGCCGGCGGAGGAAUCUUCUCAGUCACCGGAUACGUAGUCGUGGUGGGAUCUCAAAGAAACCGGUCAAGAGUGUUUUAGCGGUGGCCGUGAUGGCGAUACGUCAAAGAGAAGGAGACUCUUCUUCUUCCUCCGGUGAUGAUUCUCUUCCGCCUCCGGGGAAGUAUCAUAAGAAUCUCCCGAGGCAGAGAAAGGGGUCUUUGGGUAAUUGUGUUCCCGUUGUUGAUUCGCCGCGGUGUUUUCAGACGGCGGUGGGUAGCAACAUCCAUAAUAUUAUUUGCUAAAUUUAAUUACAUCGAUUUUUUGUUAGACCUUUUUUAUUUAUUUUCUUUCUGUUAUUGAGGAAUUAUUUUGGAAAUUUUACAUUGAUGUUACAUCUCAAGCUUUAAUUAUAUUAAGAAGAAAAUUAUUACUUUUGAAUAUAUCACUUUUGUGUGUGAAAAUUAACACUUUUUCUUUUUGUUAUAGAGCUUCAACACUUUAUCUCUUUUUUUUUUUUCCUAUUCAAAAUGGGUUUGAAUUAUUAACAAGUCAUUUAUAAUACAAAUGUAGUCAACAUAAUUAAAUUAUAGAAGUGCAGGUGCUGCCAAAAGCGUGUGCUCAAUCCCCGACAGUUACGAUUUCUUACCAAAAAAUUCUCUAAACAAAUGUUUAUUAUGUAGUCAACAUAAUGAAGUUUUUUUUUCAUAAACUACAUAUAAUUAAAUGUAAAAAAAAAAAACCUCAAUCACUAAGGAAAACAGAACGGACCCUACCAAACAAAAAAAAACGAAAACAGAACGGUUUACAAUGUGUUAUGAUUUAUGAUUUUUUUUAUAAAAAAAAAAAACUCAAUCAGUAACAAAAAAAACUCAAUCAGUAACGAAAAAAACUCAAAUCAGACAUAUAUACUUCCUUUUUUAUGUUGGUUUUUGUUCUUAAGAAUACUUUUAUAGAGGAAAUCAAAAUGAAACAUACUUUUAUAUGUUAAGAUACAUAAUGAGGAAAUAAUUGAAAUGAAUUUGGUUGCU